AUGAGCUGUGCUGUCAGGCAGGUCGUCACCACCUGCACCCAGGGCAGGGGCAGCACAGGCAGCAACGCGGCUGGCACUGCCAGGAGGGUCUCCUCUGCCUCCUCGGGGAGACACGCUGCCUAUGACUUGGGGGCCAUGGUUGGCAGCUUCUCCGGUGGCAGUGCAAGCGAGGGAUUACUGGGGAAGCAGCUGAGCGCCGGCAGCGCGGCUGGUGGGAGCUUCGGAGCCACCCAGAGGGCUUGUUCUGUCCUGGGGUUCAGCGGUGGAGGCAUCUGCACCCGAGGAGCUGGUGGCUUUCCCAGGGCUGGCGCUGGCUGCGGGGAUGGGAUCCUGUUUGCUAACAACGAGAAGGCGACGAUGCAGAACCUCAACGACCGCUUGGCCUCGUACCUGGACAAGGUGCGGCUCCUGGAGGGGGACAAUGCCGACCUGGAGUGCAAGAUCAGGGAGUGGUAUGCCAAGGUAGGGCCCAGCUGCGAGCCACGGGACUACAGCUGCUACCACAAGGAGAUUGAAGACCUCCAGAACCAGAUCCUGUGUGCAGCCAUGGAGACUAACAAAAUCCUUCUGAACAUCGAUAACAACAGGAUGACUGCUGAUGACUUCAGAGUGAAGUACGAGACUGAGUGUGGGCUCCGGCAGAAUGUGGACGCUGACAUUUGCAACCUCCGGCCCGUCCUGGACCAGCUGGCCAGCUGCAAGACCGACCUGCAGCUGCAGUGUGAGGCUCUGACGGAGGAGAUGUGCUGCCUCAAGACCAACCACGAGGAGGAAAUGAGCUGUCUGAGGAAACAGGCCACCGGGGAUGUGAGUGUGGAGGUCAAUGCCUGCCCUGGCCCAGACCUGAGGAAGAUCCUGGAGGAUCUGCGGUGCCAGUACGAGACGCUGAUGGAGCGCAACCGCAAAGAGACGGAGCAGUGGUACGCCUGCAAGGUAGAGGAGGUGAAUCUGGAGGUUGUCACAAGCAGCCAGGAGAUCGAGUCAAGCAACAAGCAGGUCACUGAGCUGAGACGUCAGCUGCAGGCCCUGGAAAUCAAUGUACAAGCCCAGCUCACUAUGAAAGAAAACCUGGAAUCCUCUUUGACGGAGACUGAAUGUCGCUACAACAAAUACCUGGCUGAGCUGCAGAACCAAAUCUCCUGCGUGGAGCAGCGGCUGGCUGAGAUCCGAGCAGAAAUGGAGUGCCAGAACCAGGAAUACAAGACCCUCCUGGACGUCAAGUGUCGCUUGGAGCAGGAGAUCCAGACCUACCACUGCCUGCUGGAGGGUGGCCAGCACGACAUUAUAGGGUCGGCGGGAAGAGGAGUCGGUGCCACCUCAGCUGGGAGGAGCGCGGGGCUGAAGGGCAGCCUGUGCCAGCCCUGCCUGCCCUGAGCCCCG